AUGUCAGCGGUAUUAGAAAUGUCACUUUUGCUAGAUUUUGAUGUCGACAGUUUGAUUUCUGUAUCCUCAGAUUUGGUAUUAGGUCCUGCAGUAAAACCAGAGGACUCCUCACUCGCGUUUAAGUAUCCUAUAGAUGAUAAAAG